UGGCUUCAGGUUUUGUUGGCCACAGUCGGCUACCAGACGCGACGCGAAUAGCAUGUUCGUCGUGGAGGCACAUUGCCGGUAGUAAUCGACAUUCUCCGCGGUCUCUCUCUCUCUUUCUCUCAUUAUCUUCUUCUAUUCUUCAUUCCACACAUUAUUUUCAAUAAAUACCUGCGAUUGUUAUUCUAAUAUUUGUCUUCUCAUCCAAUCAGCGUGUUCGUAUUAGUCAAAAACACGUGUUUCUCGACUGCCAUCAUCCGUGAGGAACACCACAUUUUUAUUGACAACCUUUCUCCUUAUUUUCUUCCUUGAACUUGGACUCAACUUUGCGGUUCAACGACACGCGUUUCUACAUAUAAGAAAGAACAAAAAAAAAAAAAAGGAAAGACACCUAGGUCAUUGCUCCUAUUCCUUGGGAAUAAAAAUUGCGAUCUUAUUGUGAAUACCGGUGUUGAGAAAAUUACAAAAGUAAUUCGAGAGAGUGGAAAUUGUUUUGAAAAAUAAGAAGGGUUGAUAACCUGCUGAAAUACAGGAGAGCCAAUUUGCUAUCGGAAAGACAAGACAAGACCUGUUUAGCAGGUAAGACACAUUCCCUUUGAAGUCUCUGCCUUUUUGGGUCGUACUAUUCCGGGUGUAACUAAUGGUCCACGUCUGUGCUCAAGGUGACAAGUGGCUUUGAAGUUUCAAGAUAAGCAACGAACACUUGCCAAGUGUUUCUAAUUUGACGAAAGUGUCUUCAAGUUUAAAAGCUUCUUUCGUGUUUAUAAAAGCUUGGUUUUAGUAAGUGAAAAAUUAACUCGAGAAGAACUUUGCAAAGUUUGACUCAUCGAUAUCAAAAAUUAAAUACUCUGUACAAUCAAUUGCAUCUUCAUCAAGUGAUAAAUAUACUUAGAUCCCAAGAAUUAAAAUCGAAAUUAUAAUCGAAUUGCAUUCUAAAGUUAGUGAAUCAUUCUUCCCGAGGAGCUAGAAUAAUAAGUGAUUAAGUGACAAAACAGUAGUGGAUUUUUUCUGAAUAGGGAGUCAAAAUUUAAAUAGAGAGUAAACAUUUAAAGGGAGUAAAAAUUCCGCUCAUAAUGAGAACGGUGGGAAAAGCGAUGAAGAAACGAGCAAUCAGCUGACUAGAAGAGUUCUUUGGAACACGUACAAAGAACUCGAAUAUCAACGACCGGAUCAUCAAACGGAAGACAAGUGAGGAUAAUCGGGAUCGUCAUCAAAUUUAUUCAAUCAUGACAUUCAGCACCACAUUCAAUGGUGAUAAAUCCCGUUUCUCUAAUGAGAAGUCCUCCCGGCCUAGUACAGUGGCAGUGGAGGAGGGAAUUCCAACUGGAGGUCUAAGCUCAAAAUUAAAAUGUCCAACGCCCAUAUCACGAUUGAGGGUGGAGAAGAUCGAGGGUGGACUCAUGGUCGCCGGAGUUGUAAUUGCAGCAAAUUGUCAAAUUGCUUUACCUGCAUUCGGAUUUCUUUUCAUGCUUGUUGGAUCUGUACUUACCGCGGCAUCGUAUCGAGGUCCAGGCGAGUACGAGGAUAAGGAUUCGUAUGCAUCGAGAAUCGCAUUGACAGGAAAUUCCAGGAUCCUAGGACCAAUAUGCAUUGUUGUUGGUGCUCUAAUGCUCGCCCUGGGUGUUUUUCUCUGCAUGCUAACGAGACGUGCGAGAAGAAGAGAAAGGCGUGUUGGUUUCCAUUGUCCUCUGCACGGGGAUUUUUAUCCUUUGAGUCCCGUUCAGGGAAUCAAAAUUCUCAAUGGUCAUGGAAAGAAUGAGAGCAGUUGGCCCAGAAUUCCGUGUUUUAAAAGACGACCAGUCAAUAGUGGAAACGGAAAUGCAACCUUGAUUUCCCACAUGGGCCCACCGCAGUGUCCUCAUUCGGUUUUAAACAGUACGCGAAGUUCUGUUAGCAGUUCACCACUGAGUCCAUGUCCAACGCCAAUGCCCUUUUUAGUGACAUCCGGUUCCGUCAGUAGCGGAUUGGUUCAAAGUGUGGGUGCCAAUCUAUCGCCGGAUCAAACAUUUGGUUCUAUUCGCUCAUUAUCAGUGACGAGGGAGGUUGCCAGUUUUCCUCUUUCGCGAACUCCAACACCUCCACCUCAACACAAAUCAGUGUCUGUGGCGAACAAUGAAGAUCUGGUUAAUCUGUCUAGUCCGUUAAGAGAAGCAUCACCAAGACCGGAAGUCCGUGUUACACCGUCUCAUCGAUCACCUUCCGGCCUGGUGACAAAAUCAGUGAGUAUCAUACUUCCAGAAGAAACCGUUGGAUGACCGCAGCACUGCGAUCAUCAUCAUCGUUGCGAGAAAAAUCAUCAACCCUCAAUUUAAAAAAAAAGUCUCAAUUCGCUGACAAAAAUCCUCUUUUAAUUUUUUUUUAAAUAAGCUCUUUCUCGUUUCUUCUUUUUUGCUCUCUCGUUUAAACGAGAAAAUAAUCCUCCAUUAAAAAAGACUAUAUUAUAGAUUUUUAUAUUUAAUUAAAUUAAAUACUAAUGAAAAGAAGUACUUGUAAAUUUCUAUAUUUACAAUAACAAUCAGAAAGAAUAAAUACCAAAUCUUCCUGGUUUAUGAUUUCUUUCUUAUUUCUCCGUUUAAUGGAGAAUAAAUGGAGAAUAAUGGAAAGGAGGAUUUUUGAAAAUAGUAGAGAAAAAACAAUUUUCACGCCGAUGUGACAAUCAGCGAAUUAAGAAUAUCUCAGGAAAAGAAUUUUUUUUCUCGGCGUUCUUUUCAAAUUUUGUUUUUCUCUUCUCGAGUAUGGAACUGACUGAUUAAUACGCACGACAGAAAAAAAAAGUUUCGAUAUAAUUUUUUUAAUGAGGUGUUGGUUUAGGACUUGAGACUUUGAAUGAAUUUUCACUAUUUAAAUGGUGGAGAAAACAUCAAUUUAGCCUUAAUAUUAAAUCUUACUUACACAAUUUAUAUGCUCAUUGUUCACUAUCUGUUCGGUAAUUUUUUUUACUGCAUUGUUAUCUUUUUUUGAAAGCACCUGUAAAAAUGUAAAAAUACAAAUUUAUUAUUAUUUCUUCAUAUCAUCUUUUUAAGGAAAUUUGAUUUUCUCUCAUGUCAUCUUUUUGUGGAACUUUUUUCAUUUUCCGAGCAGGUGGUGAAUAUUUAUCUAGUCCUAUAAAUAAUUAGAUAGUCAAGGAAUUGUGUCAAACACCGAAUGACAGAUAUUUUAUUCCCGAUGAAUGGAUUUCAAUUCCUAAAAGGUUUUUUUGUUUCCGUUUUCGUAAAAAGUAAAUUUUAAACCAUAUUUCAUGUCUGUUUAUAAACGGCAAAAUUUUUAAAAAUGUCCAUAAUUCGAAAUUCUAUUUUAUUUCGAAUAAAAAUAAGUACAGUUUGAAAAUAUUAAUUUUUAAAAUUAGAAAAAU